AUGGAGCAGCACCCUCUUGAAAACCCGUCCCAAUCCGCGAUUCGCCAUGACUCGCCAGCUGGUUCUUUAAACCAGACUCCAUUCCCAACUGCAAUGUCACCUCCCAUGAACCGGAGAAAUACUCCUGGGAGCCUCCAGCCUUCUCCCCGGAUGCCUCACGCUGAAUCCAUUCGACGAAGUCGCUCUGUGGCGUCAAUGUCUCCUGCCCUCUCCCUACCAUCUCAGAUGCGCCACGGGGAACUUCUACAAUCGAUCGAAUCCCGUCCCCCACCAUCUCGCGAUUUUGAAGAGCCAACAAUAGACGAUGCUUAUAUAAAUUUCAUUUUCUACUGCAAUCCAGACAUACCAACCACAAAAAAUACCGCUGAACUGAGAAGGAUAUUUCGAUCACCACCUCGCAGUGACGGGAAAACCUUCAAUAUUUACGAUUUGUGGAUGUUGAUUCAGAAGUUUAAUCGGAAAGAACUGAGAACUUGGAGUCAAUUAGCGCUAGAACUGGGUGUUGAACCUCCGUCUGCCGAGAAAAAGCAGAGCACACAGAAAGUUCAGCAGUACGCUGUACGGCUAAAGCGUUGGAUGCGUGCCAUGCAUGUGGAUGCCUUCUUCGACUAUUGUUUAGGAAUUCAACAUCCCUAUUAUUGCAAUACGCGAGCAUUGCCCAACCAGGGUGGCGAUACUAAAGAUGAAGUUCCUAGAGAAGAAGACCCUGCAUUGCGGGCUUUAUUUCCUGAGUGGAAGCCCAGAAAGGGUCGCAAGCGCGUUCCUGACGAAUCCAAAGAUACCAACGGAGAUAACACCAAUUCCACCUAUGCCCCAUGGAGUGCGAUCCCUGGUGAUUAUGAUAAUGAUAACUGGACUACUCAUUCUUUAUUCAACUCUAGCAUCAAGCCUGAACAUCAGCGACAUACCGCUGUACAAGGCCUUAACCAGAUGGAGAACUCUACAAAGCGCUCGUCUCUAGUUCAAUACCCACUUUCAGCUGUCACCCCUAGGUCCAAGACUCAGGACUUCUUUGGGAGGGAACCACGAUCAGCAAUCAGCCCCAGUUCUGCUGAAAGAAUGCACUACAAACGCCGGAGGAUCGACGCGACGUCUUCCUUUUGGGCCCAUUACCCCAACGCUGCAUCAGAUACUACAAGUAGCCGGCCUCCGGACGAACAUGUUGCCGGACCCGACGCUGCGUUAGUCAUGGGAGAAACAAAUGAGCCAUCCCAUGGUCAUAUUACCCCUGACUCUUCCACUCUGCACAAGGGGGACCUGAAUAAAAACGACAGUUUAACAUCGCAAGGGGCGGAAACCCCUAAUCGUUCUAAUUCAUCUGCAACCCGCCCCACAAAGCUUCAGCUUCAAGUUCCACAAGGCCCUCAGCUAGCUGCACCGCAAUUACUGAUUAAUGGAGAGUUCCGCCCUUCGUCUGCAUCUGUCGAAGGCAGUUCUCUCCAGGAUAACUCGCAAUAUCUCGGCCACGACACAGCCGAAGAAUCUAUAUCUUCUAGACAAAGAUCCCCCCUCCGAUACGUUCUCUCCAUCAACAACAUUAUCCGUAAAUUCUCGAUCGAGCUCCAGCGCGGAACAAUAGUUGCACCUUCCCCGCUUAGCGAAGAAAAAAUCAAUAUUAUUGCGGAAUUAGUAGUAGAGCAGCUUAUGUCCGAGUGUGCUCCCGAUUCUUCCCCACUCAGCGUUGCGCAUUAUUGCGCAGUUUCUCUUGGGAUAGGUAACGAAUUUGGCCUUGGUGGAAAAAGAAUCGGCCAUAUUACAACAGAAAUUUCACCUGAAGAUCGAACCACUAUGAAGGCCAGAGAUGUUGAGGCCAACAUUCCCACCCCAUCCACUUCGCUCGAUAGCAAUCCACACGGGCCGCCUAGGGUUGAAUGCGUUGUCAAUUAUAAUAUGGCUUUGACCACUAGCGUCACUACAAGCACAACAAUGCAUAUUUCCUUGCCGCCCUUUGCCAUAAAUGAAAACGAAAAGCCCACCAGUUUUAGACACCAAGAUUCUACUGACACUAUCACUGACCAAUUACAGAUGAGACUUGAUAAUUCUGAUGAUGAGCUGACAAUAGAACCUUGUAUGGACUGGAGGCAACGUUAUUUGAAUUUGAAAAGGCAAAUCCAAGAAAAAGAUGUUGCCUUAAGGCAGUAUAAGAAGAAAAUCCUUGAAGUCGUAAUGGACGGUGUUUAA